GGACUCCGGAGACCUGUUGAUCGCAGGUGCCGUAGUCUUGACUGGCCCCGGGGUGUCAGGGUGUGUGCGCAUGCUCCGUGAGGGGUUGGGCUCCGGGAGGCGUAGACCCGUAGCCUGUGCUUCAGUUCCUGGGGAACCUCGCUAAGGUGGCAGCUGUUGGUGUGUCUGUCGGAUGUCUGCGUGAGGCGGUGCAGGGUCAGCUGGAGGUAGCUCUGUGGGAAUGGAAUGCCCGUAUUUCUCUACCUGAACCACACGCUCCUGGUGCUGGGAGGGUAGAGCUCAAGCUUUAAUGGAAACAAAAUUGCUUGAAAAUGGCAUGGGUAAAAUUCUUACGGAAAUCUGGUGGCAAUCUUGGAAAAGCUUAUCAAGCUGGAAGUAUGCUGUCCCUAGCCCCUACCAAAGGCUUGUUAAAUGAACCAGGACAAAACAGCUGCUUUCUUAAUAGUGCAGUGCAGGUUUUGUGGCAAUUGGAUAUAUUUCGACGAAGCUUGCGGGUUCUGACUGGACAUGUUUGUCAGGGAGAUGCCUGCAUAUUUUGUGCAUUGAAGACAAUAUUUGCACAAUUUCAGCACAGUCGAGAAAAAGCACUUCCCUCAGAUAACAUAAGGCAUGCUCUUGCAGAAAGCUUCAAAGAUGAGCAGCGAUUUCAACUUGGCCUUAUGGAUGAUGCUGCAGAGUGCUUUGAGAACAUAUUGGAGAAGAUUCAUUUUCACCUUGUGCCGAGCAGAGAUGCUGACAUGUGUACCUCUAGAUCUUGUAUCACUCACCAGAAGUUUGCUAUGACUCUGUAUGAACAGUGUGUGUGUCGUAGCUGUGGAGCGUCGUCAGAUCCUCUACCUUUUACAGAAUUUGUGCGGUACAUUUCUACAACAGCCCUAUGCAAUGAAGUUGAAAGAAUGAUGGAAAGGCAUGAACGCAUUAAGCCUGAAAUGUUUGCAGAAUUGCUACAAGCAGCAAAUACAACAGAUGACUAUAGAAAAUGUCCUAGUAAUUGUGGCCAAAAGAUAAAAAUUCGCCGCGUUUUAAUGAAUUGCCCAGAGAUUGUUACAAUUGGUUUAGUCUGGGAUUCUGAGCAUUCUGACUUGACUGAAGAUGUUGUUCGGAAUCUAGCAACACAUCUUUAUCUUCCUGGGCUUUUUUAUAGGGUUACUGAUGAAAAUGCCAAAAAUAGUGAACUUCACCUUGUUGGUAUGAUCUGCUAUACCAGCCGACAUUAUUGUGCCUUUGCUUUCCAUAACAAGAGUUCCAAGUGGAUAUUUUUUGAUGAUGCAAAUGUGAAAGAGGUUGGAACUAAAUGGAAAGAUGUGGUCUCCAAGUGUAUCCGAUGCCACUUCCAGCCACUGCUUUUGUUUUAUGCAAACCCAGAAGGCACAGCAGUCUCUACUGAGGACGCACUCAGGCAGGUUGUCAACUGGUCACAUUACAAAUCUGUUGCAGAAAAUAUGGGAUGGGAAAAGCCUGCAAUUUAUAAAUCAGGUAAUUCAAAAGAAAAUGGAUUUAGUGAUCAAGUAAAACUGAGGGAAAAUCAGAAACUUCAAACUGAUAAUAUGUUAUCAUUUAGUCGGAGUCACAUUCAGACAAGUGGAGGCAGAGGACCAGUUAAGUUAAGCCACAAUGAUCAAAAGGAGAAGCUAAAAGACAUUUCCAGAGAAUGUGCUCUGAAAGCUAUUGAACAGAAAAACUUACUUUCUUCACAAAGGAAGGAUUUAGAAAAGGGACAAAGGAAAGAUGUAGGCCGCCAUAGAGAUUUGGUUGAUGAGGAUCACUCACAUUUCAAGUCUGGAUCACCUCCUGCCCCAAAUGGCUUUAGACAAUAUGGAAAUCCACAUCUAUAUCACAGCCAAGGAAAAGGACCCUGUAAACAUGACCGUGUUGCCCAUCAGAGUCGAACAUCUGGACAAAUGCUAAGUUCAAGCAAAUCCCAGAUUCCAGGAGAGAAAAUAACAGGCAAAGUUAAGAGUGACAGUGUCACAGGGUAUGAUACAGAUAGCAGCCAAGAUUCUAGGGAGAAAGGAAGCAGCAGCAACAGCAGUAAAAGCCGAAACCGAGGUUGGAAACCUAUGAGAGAAACAUUAAAUGUUGAUAGUAUUUUUAGUGAAAGUGAAAAAAGGCAGCAUAGUCCAAGACAUAAGUCAAAUAUUGGUAACAAACCUAAGUGUAGCAAAGAUCAGGGUUUCAGUAAUUGGCCAAAAGAGAAUCUAAAGCAAAAAUGUUUAAUGACCAUAUAUGAAGAUGAAAUGAAGCAGGAAAUAGGGAGCAGAAGCUCACUUGAAUCUAAUGGAAAAGCAGCAGAGAAACCUAAAGGCCUCAUGGAGAGUAAAGGUCAUGGUGACAUUUGGCAGAUGCAAAGGACAGAGUCUGGAUAUGAAAGCAGUGAUCGUAUUAGUAAUGGAUCUGCUAACUUGGAUUCACCUGUUAUUGAUGGAAAUGGUACAGUAAUGGAUAUCAGUGGUGUGAAAGAAACUAGGUCUUUCAGUGACCAGACAAGGCUGAAUAGCCUAAAUAUAGAACGUGUGGACUGUACCUCCCGUCACAGCAAAAACCAUUUAGAAGGUUUUAGAAAAGAACUUAAGGACUUGGAAGCAGGCUGUAAAUCUUUUGAGCUCCACCCGGAAUCACAUCUACAAACAAAAAAUCAUUUGAUAAAAAGGCCACAUAUCUGUGAAACCAGCAAGAAGUUAUCUCCUUCAUCCAGUCCACAAAUACUCAGUGAUCAUACUAAGAGAGAGCACAUUCACCACUCAGAUGAGCAGAAAUUUGAAAAAACAAAUGGAUGUAAAUUUUCUGAGUGGCUUAAUAUAGAAAAUUCUGAGAGAACCAGUUUGCCUUUUCAAGUUGAGGACAGUUCUGCACCUGGGAAGACAGUAAACAGUAAUGAUAUUGUCUCAUCACCAUUGUGUUCUUCACAUGAGAGAACAAUUGCAUUAAAGCCAGAAACUGCUCCCCUCGUCUUACAGCAAAAUAGAAUGGAACAAUGUUACUCUGAGAACUCUCUAUCCAGGGAACAUACAAGUCAUUCAACCUACAGAUCUGAUGAUUGUCAGAUGCCAAAACUUCUUUGCCAGAAUCCACCACCUCCUUUGCCACCAAAGAAAUGUGCUGUAACCAGUGUGCCACAGUCAGAGAAAAAUGCAUCUCUACCUGAUGUCAAACUUACAGAGGUGUUUAAAGCAAAUUCCUCCAGUUUUCCAAAGCACAGUUUAAGUACAGCUUCAGAAACAAGUUUAGAAGUGAGUACAUAUAAUAAUGAUGAAAGAUAUAAAGAAACAAUUCAAGUGAAACAGCAUAUUGGCAACACAUCAAACUAUCCAUCCAACUCUUCAACUAAUGAUUUUCAGGCAAACACAGGAGCAACUGUUGAUGCAUUUUGCCAGCCUGAACUAGACUCUAGCUCUAUGUGCCCAAAUGAGACAAUUUCAUUAACUACCUAUUUUUCAGUCGAUAACUGUAUGACUGAUACAUACAGAUUGAAAUACCAUCAGAGACCCAAGCUCUGCUUUCCAGAGAACAGUAGCUUUUGUAAUGAUAAUUCACUAUCUCAAUGCGAAGGAGGGGAAAGACUUGUGUUAUGUAAUAGUCUUGGUUCAAGCUGCCCUUCUGAACAUAGACACAAAUCAAGCAUACACUGUAAUAGAUAAAUGAUGAAGUCAGCAAACUUAUCCUUCUCAGAGGCCAUUAAAAUACACCAAGUGACCAAACUGAUACAUAAAAUUAAAACCAUGGCAUUUUAAGUCAUUAGUCAAUUUGACUGUAUAUAUGUGUGUGUUAUUUUACUUUACAGUGAUCAAUUUAUUGGAUAUUUUAGAAAUUCUCUUUGAAUAGUCUUGGCAUGCCUUGAAAAAUAGGAAAUCAGGGAGUAUACAAUAAUUCUCUUGCUAUAUGUAACAGUUUAGUAAAAAUGAAAAAAUUCCCCCUACUAUGUGGCUAAUACACCCGUAAGUAUUAAUCAUCACCAAUAUGCAGGUUGGUAAACUGUGAUCAUUGAAAAAUGCCAGGUGAUACAGUUUGUCUCAUCAAAGCAGUAUUUCCUUUUUGCAGGGCACUUUCUAAUGGGUAAACCAUGAGGGCUACACCCAUUUGUUUUUUACUUCUGUGAUAGUCUGUCACAUAUGAAUCCUUCAAUGUCUUUUAAAAAAAAAAAGAAUCAUGAGUUGGGUAGCAUGUGGGAAAAAAUGCCUUAAUGAUUAACAGUUUUUACAUAAAAUUUAAAGACCAGAUAGAACUUGUUUUGCUCCCAGAACUUUUAUCUUUAGAAUAUCUAGUGAACAUAAAUUAGGCUUUGACUAUUCCUAAAUAGUACUUCAGCCAUGUAAGCUAAAAGGUCAAAUUACUAAACUUUGGUGUAUUUAUUUAUCUUGUUACCUUGUAUUUCUAAUUUUAUAUGAAAUGUGAAAGGUUUUUUAUUUUGGCUUGGUUUAUUUGGGCUGCUAAUAAUCAGUGUUAGGAAUUAAUCUUGGAUUCUUUUAUGGGACUUGUCUCCAUAAAUGCCUAUAUUUUUUCUGCUCUAAUCUUCCUUAGAGCAAGUCAAUUUAUUUAACUAUCUAGGUUUGAGUUUAAUUUUAAUGAAAUGUUUAAUUAAUUGGGGCUCCUUACCCAUUUUCUGUCUCUUUAACAAAUAGUCAUUUUAUCUGGAGAGGGCUUUGUUUAAAACUGAAAGGAAUUUUCAUUAUGGUGACCUUAUCAGUGAA